AUGAGCAGCACCUGGGGCACGCUAUACAACAUGUAUCCAGACCUCAUGGAAUAUGUGCCAGGUCCACACAAGAAAAUCGGAAAGUAUUUUAAUAUGAUCUAUGAGAUUUCAGCCGAAAGCAUCAAACACCACAAUGAAACUCUAGACCCUGAAAAUCCACGUGACUACAUUGACUGCUUCCUAAUGAAGAUCAAAGAGGAAAAGGACAAUGCAGACACCGCAUUCUACGCCAAAUCUUUAGCCAGAACUAUUCAAAACCUGCUGUUUGGAGGAACGGAGACAGUCAGCACUAACCUGAGAUACGGAUUCUUGGUGCUCAUGAAAUACCCGGAGGUGGCAGAGAAAAUGCAAGAAGAGAUUGACCGUGUUGUUGGAAGAGACCGAUUCCCAUGCAUUGCUGACCGAAGUAAAAUGCCAUAUACAGAGGCCGCUAUCCAUGAACUUAUUAGGUUUUGUGAUGUGCUGCCAAUUAGUCUUCCUCGAUGCACAUCCAAAGAUACAGUUUUCAGAGGAUACUCAAUUCCAAAGGGAUUAAUGAUAAUGACAAAUUUGGUAAUACUGUAUGUUACAUAG